AUGAGCAAACUCCUUUCUGUAAAAUUGAGUGAUAACCACUUCAUGCCUAUGCUGGGAUUUGGCACCUCUGCUUCCAAUAAGGAUGCUAAGAGUAAGGUUGAAGAGGCCAUCCAGAGUGCAAUCGAUAUAGGUUACCGCCAUAUUGACUCAGCUUUUUUUUACCAAAAUGAAGAAGAAAUUGGAUCUGCCAUCCAGAAAAAGAUUGCCAAUGGCAUUGUGAAGAGAGAUGACCUAUUCUAUACUUCAAAGCUAUGGAGCACCUUUUGCCGUCCAGAAUUGGUCCAAGUAGGCCUGGAAGCAUCAUUGAAGAAAGUUCAGCUGAGUUAUGUGGAUCUUUACCUUAUUCAUUUCCCAGUACCUUUGAAGCCAGGAGAUGAGCUUUUACCAAAGGACUCACAUGGAAAACUCAUUUUUGAUGAUGUGAAUCUAUGUAGUACUUGGGAGGCUAUGGAGAAGUGUAAGGAUACUGGAUUGACCAAGUCCAUCGGGGUGUCCAACUUUAACGGCAGGCAGCUGGAGAUGAUCCUGAAUAAGCCAGGGCUCAAGUACAAACCUGUCUGCAACCAGGUGGAAUGUCACCCUUACCUCAAUCAAAGAAAACUACUAGAGUUCUGCAAGUCCAAAGACAUUGUCAUGGUUGCAUAUGCUGCCUUGGGGUCCGAUGUGAACAAAGAAUGGGUGAGCAAGAACAAUCCAGUUCUCUUGGAAGAUCCAGUACUCAAUGACAUUGCUAAAAAACACAGGAGAACCCCAGCCCAGGUUGCCCUACGCUACCAGCUACAGAGGGGUGUGGUGGUCCUGGCUAAGAGCUUCAAUGAGAAGAGAAUGCAAGAGAACUUCAAGGUUUUUGACUUCCAGUUGACACUGGAGGAUAUGAAAACUCUAGAUGGCUGA